UUGUCUGAUAUAGCCACAGUGAUAUGGUAUAUAAAGAGCUGCGAGUCGUCAAAAAUCUCACAGACAGUUACAAUGAAGUUUGUGAUCUUGGCUUUGUUCGUUGCCGGUGCCUACGGCUGUGGCCUGCCCACCUACCCCCCCGUCGUUUCCAGGGUGGUCGGCGGAGUCGAUGUCCGUCAGAACAGCUGGCCCUGGCAGGCGUCUCUGCAGUACCUGAGUGGUAGCUCUUUCUACCACACUUGUGGUGGAACUCUGAUCUCCAGCCAGUGGGUCAUCACUGCUGCUCACUGCAUCGGGAGCCGCACCUACAGAGUUUACCUGGGAAAACAUGACCUGACCGCCGCCAACGAGGGUGGUUCCAUUGCCCUCAGCCCCGAGAAGAUCAUUGUCCACCCCAACUGGGACUCUUACAAUAUCCGUAACGACAUUGCCCUGAUCAAGCUGGCAUCUCCUGUCACAAUCUCAGCUUCCAUCACCCCCGCCUGUCUCCCCAACGCCGGUGACAUUCUGCCCCACCAGGCUCCCUGCUACGUCACUGGCUGGGGACGUCUCUGGACUGGAGGCCCCAUCGCUGACAUCCUGCAGCAGGCCCUCCUCCCCGUGGUCGAUUACGCCACCUGCAGCAGAAGUGACUGGUGGGGCACUCUGGUCACCACUAGCAUGAUUUGUGCUGGAGGUGAUGGUGAGGUGGCUAGCUGCAACGGAGACUCCGGCGGUCCCCUGAACUGCAGGAACCCUGAUGGCUCUUGGGACGUCCAUGGAGUGGUGAGCUUCGGUUCAAGUGCGGGCUGCAACUACCCCAAGAAGCCCUCUGUCUUCACCAGAGUCAGUGACUACAUCAGCUGGAUCAACACUGUCAUGACCUCCAACUAAAGUGACUGGGUUCGUGUUGCACAUAAUUGAUUUUGUUCUCUUCCAAAUAAAUAAAGGCUGAAAGAACA